AUGAAUUCAUAUGAUUAUGACCCUAACACUCAUUUGAAUCAAAUUUUUGAUUCUCCGGAUACAUUAAAUCAUAUACCACAGGUAUUAUCCCAUAUACAUCAAUAUAAAUUAAAUUUAACAAAAGAAAUUGAUAAUCUACUGUCAAAAUAUGAUUCAACAACAAAUUUAAAUCAAGAUAUAAGUCAAUUAAUUGGUAAUAUAAAAGAUGUAAAACAAAGUUCUCAACUAACUAAAACUUCAAUCUCAUCAAUGACUUCAUCUAUACAAAAGUUGGAUUCUGCUAAAAGAAAUUUAAUACUAUCAAUGAAUAUAUUCAAAAAGUUACAAAUACUAAUAAAAUUAAAUAAUGAACUAAAAGACAUUAUAUCGACUAGAAAUUAUCAAGAAAUAUACAAAAGAUUGGGUGCAAUUAAAGAGUUAUUGGCAUUUUUCCAACCAUACAAAUCAAUUGAUUUGAUAAACCAGAUUAAUUUAAUGAUCAUAUAUACUCAAAAUAAAUUGAUUGAUGAUAUAUUUAUGGAUUUUGAAGAAUUUUUCAAAACCAAACUGGAAAAUUCAAAGAAAAGUGAGAAUUUACUUUAUGGUGCAAAGAUUUUGGAACUUAUUGAUAAAAAGAAUAAAGUCAAAUUAAUAAAUUGGUUUAAUAAUCAAACUUUGAAAGACUUGAAAAAUAUCUUCAGUCAGUCAGACGAAGCAGGAUCCAUUGAAAAUUUAGGAAGAAGGUUUAUAUUUUUCAAUAAAAUCUUGGAUCAAAUCAAAUCAUUAACAAUAUUUCCUGAUGAUUGGAAUAUCUUCACACAAAUCAUUCAAGAAUUUAUAAAGCUUACAAAAAUUGAUUUACAAACAAGUUUGAGAAAUAAAAACAUUGAAUCUUCAACAUUACUAGAUAAUCUUACAAAGACAAUAGAAUUUGAGAAAAAUUUAAAUUCAAAUUAUCCAAAUAACAAUUUUAAUAUAUCAUCGAUUUUUGAACCAUAUUUAUCAAUCUGGGUCCAGGAACAAGAAAAAUUGUUAAAUUCUAAAAUUUUGGAAUUUUCGUCAGUUUCACAAUUACCUGCAGAAUUGGCAAAGGACAUUAAUGCAAACAUUCCAAAUGUUGCAGUAACUUCAACUGAAUUAUUCAAGACUUUUCAUAAGAUCUUAUCUCAAAUUUUAAAAUUAUCAAAUGGAGAAAUAUUAAUAAAUCUUGCAAGAUUAUUCAAUAAGUAUUUAUUUGAGUAUGUAAAUAAAAUUUUAUUACCAAUUUUACCAAGAAAUAAUGAUGAUAUCUCGGGUAUUGAGUCUAUAAAAUAUCUAACAAUGCUAUUGAAUACUUCAGAUUAUAUGGUUAGUAAUAUCGAAGAAUUGAAUGAAAAAUUUCAAAUUAUUAUAUCAUCAAAUUAUAAAGAUUUUUUACCACAAUUGAAUUCAGAAAUUUUUGCACAAUUGAUUCAAAAAUCUGUUUCUGGCUUAUUGGUGAAAUUAACAAAUGAUUAUAAAUCUUGUUGGAGAGAAUUUUUCAAUAUUGAUUGGGAAAAUUUGGAUAAUGUAUCGGAUGUUUCUUCAUAUAUGACUGAUUUGAAGAGAAUUACCUCGGAUAAUUUGAAAAUGAUUUUACCAUUAAUUAUAAGGGAUAGUUAUAUAAGAAAUUUCAAUGAUAAACUAGUGGAGUUGUUGGUUACUACAAUAUUGAACAACUUGAAGUUCAUAAAGAUUUCAAAUGUUAUAAAUCUUGAACAAAUCUUAUUAGACAUUAUAUCGUUAAAAGAUUUGUGUUUGAACUUACCAAAUUUAGGUCAGAAGGAAAUAACAAAAUCAUACACCAAAUAUGUAAACAAUCAUUUUCAUGAACUCGAAUCAAUUAUCAAAGUCUUGAUGAUUCCAAACACAACCCCAAUUGAAAACUACAUAGAAUCAUAUUUUGAAUUAAUUGAAGGAAAAUCAAUAAAUAAUUUUACAAAAUUAUUAAACCUAAAGAAGAUUAACAAAAAUGAUCAAUUCAAAUAUAUUGAAAAUUUCAAAUUACAAUUAUCAAUAGAAAAUACCACUGAUCAAAUCUCCAACAAUCAUCAUAUUAAUCAUUUAUUAAAUAAUUUAGAAGAUGAAGAAAUGUUAGAAUCUUCAAUGAUUACAUCUACACCAACACCAAAACCAAUUAUACAUACAUCAUCAACAAGAAUUUCAUCACCUGAAAUUAAAUCACCCAAUUUAUUACCUAAAAUGAAUCAAUUUGAAAAAAAUAUAAGAGAUUUAGCAAUGACUGGUGAAACUCAUGUUAAUAAAUUUAAUGAAAAUUUUAAAAAUUUUGGUAAAUUUUUUAGAAAAGAUGAAAGAUGA